GUACUAAUUGUGCUUAUCUAGAGCAGAGCAUCAAAAAACUAUUAUAUGGAAUAAAAUUUAUAUGGAGAGCACUAACAACGGCAGCAGCAGCAAGUAGCAGUGAAAAUGAUGGCAAUCAAAAAGUUAUUAAUCGUCACUGUGAUGAUAUUGACGACAUCUGUCGAUAGGCAGAUGAUAAAAAACGUUUGGGGACAGUUACCGCAAGCGACACAACAAAAACAAUGUACUUACGGAUUAAAUACAGUGCAAAACAUAAUAGGUGAUCAGAUACCCACAAUUGUGCUAUACGAAAAUGUGCCAAUUAAGGAGUACAUUGACAAAGGACAGAGAAAAAGAUUCUCGAUACCAUUGCCAGAAUCGAGUCCCAUCACGAUAACAGUGACACCCACAGCGGAAAUCACAUGGAGAGUCGUGUUCAAUAACACAUUAACGCUUGCUAGUUAUAAUGUCACGGAUGACAAAACACUUUCUCUGUCGUGUGCAUCAGCUGGCGAAUAUGACAUUUUCAUUAUCGCACUUGCCAGAACGCACAUCCGUGUGAGUUACACUCUCACAUAUGACCAGGCGCCAUAUUGGCCGUACAUGAAUUGGACGUCUCCGGCAAAAAUCCGGUUUCAGUACCAACCGAAACGGUUACAGCUCUUACUGAAAUGGGAAAAGAGCAAAGUGGCCGUACACGAGAUCCAAUAUUGUGUUUCAAUCAAUGUUCACAAGCCGCAACAGAGCCUCUGCCAGGCAUUGGGCUCCGCAUCAAAAAGUACAUGUGGCAAAUUCAAUCUGAACAAUAUGUUGCAAUCGACGCGCUACGACCUCGUACGGAAAAUCGACACGAGCCGAAUGAAUGUGAUUUGCACGGGCUACCGCACACAACAAAUGCUCCGAGGGAUGCGCCUGCAAACGAUGUACUACGUGGACGUGUUUGCCAUCCAUACGGGCUUAAAUAAUUUCACAUAUUUGUAUGGGUCCGAUGUGGUGUGGUUUAAUCGGACACGACCGAUGCAGCUAGUCGAGGGAAAGACAUCCGUUGGCAAGUUGAGCAUUCUCGGUGGAAUGUCCGUGUUUAGCUUUAAGGUUCCAAUGCGCUCCUCCACAAACAAUUUUCAAUUGUUCUUAACACCUUGCAGCAGCAUGGUGGAUGUAAAAAUAAUCAAAGACAAGAAAAUUGUCAAGAGCAUAAAUAAUAUUUUUAAGCCACAAGUGAUACGCAUGAAUGGUACGAGGCCAGGCGAGCGCUACGUCAUUCGUGUCAUUGACGCCGACGAGAAUCCAUGGGGAAAUAAAGUUGAGCUUUCUGUCACAACGAAAAAACGUUUCCAAAAUUUCCCCACACCCCCAAAGAGCCUUGAGGUGAAGGAAGUUCAAGAGUACAAAACAUGCAACUCCACUGUUAUCGCAUGGAACAGCUCUCUCGACAUCAGAGACGUAAAAUAUCGAAUAUUCGUAAUUCGAGAGUAUCAGGAGGACCGAUAUCUGGAUAAUAUUAAAUUAACAAAUUAUUGUAUAGUUAACUCGAAGAUAACGAGUCAUCCGCAAUUUCAUAAAGUUUAUUGUAUACCAGGCAAAAAAUCCGAAUUGCAAAAUUUCACAAUAACUGGCUUAUCACCAGGCGGUCUCUACAUAAUUUAUGUGACAGCCAGUUUAGGUAAUGGCAAAAGUUUUUCAUAUCAAUUGCUGAAAAUUCGAACGAAUGCCAGUUGCGCCAAUGGCGGUGGCAGGGGAAGCAACAGCAGCCUCAACAUUAGCAGUAAGUACGCCAAAUACAAUCUAAUGAAGUAUGAAAUAUUUGGCAAAAAUUGGUCACCGUCGGACUUUAGUAAUGACUUGAAAAAUUAAACACGAA